AAAUUCGCGAAGGUUCCUGAAGCGGAACCGGCCGUUUCCGGAAGCCGGCAGCCGCCCCAGCCGGCAGCCCGCUGCCCUUCCCGGCGUGUGGAGCAGGCCCGCGAGCGGCGGGGAGAAGACAUGGCCCUGCUGUGCUACAACCGGGGCUGCGGCCAGCGCUUCGAUCCCGAGACCAACUCCGACGAUGCUUGCACGUAUCACCCAGGUGUUCCAGUCUUUCAUGAUGCCUUAAAGGGUUGGUCUUGCUGUAAGAGAAGAACAACCGAUUUUUCUGAUUUUUUAAGCAUUGCGGGCUGUACAAAAGGUAGGCAUAAUAGUGAGAAGCCACCUGAGCCAGUCAAACCUGAAGUCAAGACUACUGAGAAGAAAGAACUUUCUGAAUUGAAACCCAAGUUUCAGGAGCACAUCAUUCAAGCCCCUAAGCCAGUAGAAGCAAUAAAAAGGCCAAGCCCAGAUGAACCAAUGACAAACUUGGAAUUAAAAAUAUCUGCCUCCCUAAAACAAGCACUUGACAAACUUAAACUAUCCUCGGGGAAUGAAGAAAGUAAGAAAGAAGAGGACAGUGAUGAAAUUAAGAUUGGGACUUCAUGUAAAAAUGGAGGGUGUACAAAGACAUAUCAAGGUCUACAGAGUCUUGAAGAAGUCUGUGUAUAUCAUUCUGGAGUACCUAUUUUUCAUGAAGGGAUGAAAUACUGGAGCUGUUGUAGAAGAAAAACUUCUGAUUUCAAUACAUUCUUAGCCCAAGAGGGCUGUACAACAGGGAAACACAUGUGGACUAAAAAGGAUGCUGGGAAAAAAGUUGUUCCAUGUAGACAUGACUGGCAUCAAACGGGGGGUGAAGUAACCAUUUCAAUCUAUGCUAAAAAUUCACUUCCAGAACUUAGCCAAGUAGUAGCAAAUAGUACAUUGUUAAAUGUGCACAUUGUAUUUGAAGGAGAGAAGGAAUUUCAUCAAAAUGUGAAAUUAUGGGGUGUGAUUGACGUAACACGAAGUUAUGUAACUAUGACUGCAACAAAGAUUGAGAUCACCAUGAGAAAAGCUGAACCUAUGCAGUGGGCAAGCCUUGAACUGCCUGCUACCAAAAAGCAGGAGAAACAAGAUACAACAGAAUGAGUUGACGGGAAAAAAUGUAUUGCCUAUUUUCAGAAUUCUUACUGUAUGGUAAAAUGGUGGCUUGCUGCUGUCCUCUUUUGUUGUUGCUGUCGUUAUUGUUGUUGCUGUUGCUGUUGUUGAAUCUGGCAGUUCAGGGUCAACGGUAGGUUCUUAAAAGCCAAAGUCAGUUUAUCUUUUCGUGCCUCCCAUCUUUUUUAGUUACCUAAGGUUGACUAUUCAUUUCUCCUCACUUGACAGAAAUAUAGUUGUGUCCUAUACUUGAAAAGCUAGAAAGUAGCUCAUAAACAGUUACAGUAUUUCUUGGUAUACCUUUACGUUUAACAGAGAAGUGUAAAAGAAUGUUUGUUUUGUUCACAUCUCUUUCUUUAUCCCAUAAUUAGUAAAGCAAGAUGGGAUGUUGGAUUUUUAAGUAGUUUUUUCAUGAGUUUGUGUUCCUAUAAUACUUGAAAACCUUAAAGGAGAAGAAGCUCUGCAUUGUUUUAUCCUUGGGAAGGUUACUUUUUCUAGAAAGAAUAAUUCUGAGGUAGCAUAGUAGCUAGUUAAAGGGGAAUAUAUGCAUUGAAUAAUAAAUUGGAAUUUGUUUACAACUAAUUAAAUUAAAACAUUAUAUCAGUACCUAUAUUACUUUAAGCACUAUGAUUUAAAUGUAUAUAAAACAUAAGAGUGGAGAGGUAUCAGUUUGGUUAAAAUUUGCCGUUUUAUUAAGACUAAGCAAUAAUGUUAAACAUCUCUUUCCUGAUUAUUAUAUAAGGUCUUUGUAUGGUGUUAUGACUAAAUUGCACCUAAUUUAUAGCCUCCACCCUCUUAAAAUCUUUAAUUAGUUACAUGUAAGAGAAAUUAUAUAUAUACACACACACAUAUGUGUGUAUAUAAGUGUGUGUGUAUAUGUAUAUCUGGCCUCCCUGAUGGAAAACUGUAUAAAACCGUAGACUUAAAGGCUUAUGAAAUACAUUUUAGGGUAUCAAAAAAUUAAAUAUUUAAGCUUCGCUUUAUGAGAAAUAUCUAUUACCUGUUAAAUAAAAUAGCUUAAUUCUUUUGGAGUUAUUUUUUAGGCUUUCAUGAAAAGCUUGACAAUUCUAGGUGAUACAGUGUUGUUUAUAUAUUGUACUUCAUUAGAUACAGGUAUCACAGAUUUAGAUUGUUUAUGCUAAUUGAACCCAUUAAAGGAUAGUGUACUUUUAAAGGCAAUGCAGAGCUAGCUCACCAAGAAAACUAAAAUUAAGAAAUGUUUUGAAGGCCAAAACUCUGGCAGAACUUAAGAAAUUCGGGUAUGAAUUAUGCAAAUGUAGAUUAAAAUUAUUUCCCAAGCCCCUUGAGUGUUUUUCUUUUGUUCUUAUAAAGAAAAUUUGCAUAAGUACAAUUUUAGAAGUAAAGGUUUAUAAGUAGUAUGUCUCACUCAACUACUGUUAGAUUACUGAAGGUAGUUAUAUAAUAAAUGAUUUAGCUGUUAUAGAGACAUAAAAAAAAAUCUGGUAACUGGGCAUUCAUGAUACAUGGUAUUUUAAUGAACUACCAUGCAAAACUUUCAGUAUAAUUAGACUAAAAUACAGCAUAAAAGUUUCUAGUACUCAGGGUUGUGUUUAAAUUUUUAAAAAUUAUCUUUCAUAAUUUAAGGACCUGGGUUCAUUUGGAGACAUAAAAUCUUGUUUAUUGUCUAGAGGAGAGAGAUAACUUGAUUUGAAGUAAUGAUUAAUAUACCUUUUUUAAUGUUUUCUUCUUGAGACUUUUUUCCACCUAAACAAUAUCUUAAUGUGUUCAUUGCAGUUGAACUAGUAUUUAAACCAAGGGGAUUAUUCACCUGAGAGUUACAAAGCACGGACUGUGUGUGAGUGUGUAUGUGUGUAUGCCUGAGUGUGAGUGUGUGAGUGAGAGAGAGAACGAGAGAUGCAGCUUAUAUAUUUUAGUCUGGUUACAUUAGUGAUCAUUCUAUUUCUUUCUUAUUCCUAUGAACCUCUUGAUUUUGUUGCCCAAAUAAAAAUCUAAAUAUUUUUAUCUUAGACUCCUACAUAAAGGGACAGAGUUAUAAUUUAUGUAGAAUGUUGUUACUUUAUCUGUCAAAAAAUUAAGAAUGUUAAGUUUUACUGUUUCUUUAGAAAUACGGUUUGUCUUUCUCAGCAUUCAAAGUAAUUACUAUAGCAAAGCAGUCAAAACUAAGUUUAUUAUACACUUGGUAGCUAAUCUGAGAGUUCAACUCAACAUGGGAAAAUAGAAAAUACAGUUUUUUAUUGUUCUGUACAUUUGGUAGUAAAAAGGUAAUAAGGUCCGGAUAGUUGAGCUUUUAUUUUUUUAACAUCUUAUCUUGAGAUAAUUUUGGAUUUAUAGAAGAGUUACCAAGAAAAGUACAUAGAGAAGUCUUUGUUUCCUAUGUUAAUCCUCGCGUUGUAUUAAAAUCUUAUGUGACCAAAGAACAUGAACAAAACUAAGAAUUAGCCUUGGUACAAUACUGUUACCUAAAAUAGAACAUUGAUUUUGACCAUUCUUCUUUUAGUGGAACACUUGAAGGGAAGUUCUUAAAACUUACCCUAAGUUUCUUAUAAUUAUUUUAGCUAAUAAUUUCUAAACCAUUGAAAAUACAAAUUGAAACCAACCUACCAGAGAAAGAUCUGUUUAUAUGGUCAGUGAUGUAAAUUCUUGUAACCAUAUAAUAGCAAAGGACUAGUGAUCAAUUUUCUUAUAAUUUUAUGCUAGAGAUUCUAAUUCUUAUUAAGUAUAACUUGUUUGGUUUUCUUCAGACAAUCUUUAACCAUUUAAAGGUGAAGAAAAUCUUCAGAGUUCUUACAGAUAUUUUAAGGUGACUUUGGGUUAUUGCUCUGCCACUCCUUGCUUUAAAAAAAAAAAAAAAAGUCAGCCAUUCCUCAGCGUGAGACUGCAUGACACCCACAAUAAAUAACAUUUUAAAAGCUCA